GUUCCCGCCUGGGUGGUUUUGUGCUUUUUCUUUUUUAGUUGUGUUAAAUUUUAGUUUUUCUUUUUGAUAAUUUUUUCAAACACCCACUUCCGACCAUGGGAGAUAAUAUUACCAUUGAUCCUGAUUAUACCUCUGCCAAAGAGUGGGACGCCGAUGAUCUAGAUUCGGAAACCACCUCAAUCACCUCGACGGUGGCGAGGGGCCGGUUCGAAAAUGGUAGAAGAUACCAGGCGUUGAAGGAAGAUGACUACUGGGGCCCCUCCGACGAACAACAGUUCGAGUCCUUUGAGGUUGGCCAUAUGCUAUUUCUCAUGUUAGAUUACGACCGACAAAACCCUCACCAUCAUGCCCCCAUCACGCAACCACCCAAGCAUAUUUUGGAUAUCGGAACGGGGAAAGGAAGCUGGGCCCUCGAUGUUGCCGACAUGUAUCCAUCUGCAACCGUUCGAGGUGUUGACCUCUAUCCGCCCCCCGUGAACUGGGAGCCACCGAAUUGCGUGUUUGAAGUGGAUGAUAUCCUCCGCGACUGGACAUGGAGCGAGCCCUUCGACUUGAUUCAUUUGCGUUUUAUGCUGGGCGCAUUCACACUGGAGGGGUGGGACCGACUGUACGAGCAGUGCUACGAAAACCUUACGCCGGGCGGCUGGAUCGAACACAUGGAGUUAGACGUUCGACUGCAAAGCGAUGACGGUACCCUGAAAGAAGACAGUUAUUUAGGAGGGUGGGGGCCCAAUUUCAUUGGCUGCGGUGAGCGAUCUGGACGACCCCUGAUGACGCAGGAAACGAUGCGGGGCUCCAUGGAGAAGGCCGGGUUCGUGGAUUUACACGAAAAGCUCUACAAGAUACCGCUGGGGCCGUGGCCGAAAAAUAAGGUUCUCAAGGAGAUUGGGCGGCUUCAGUACUUCCACUGGACGUCUGCCCUCGAGGGGUGGGCGCUGUGGCUUCUCACGAAGUAUGGAGCGCCGUCGCCUUGGACCAACGACGAGGUCCAGGCUUAUUUGGCCAAGAUUCAGGUUGAGCUGCAGAAUCCUCACGUACAUGGCUAUGAAUAUGCUCGUCGAGUUUGGGGGCGGAAACCGACAGAGGAGGAAGCCAAGGCUAUGUAGGGUCAGGAUCAAUGCGUUAUAUAAAAUUAGAUAUACCCAUUAGGGUGGGAAACGAAGGAUUGGCUCAGGGCAUCUCUCGGUCGUUUUCCAAGAUAUGGCGCUGUG